AUGCUUAGCAAAAGAACCCAUCCCAUGAUCGGGAAAAUAUCGGAGCUCCUCAUCGGCGGCAUGAACCGAUCAGCGGCGGCUCCUUUCUUGGACGUCUUGAUGACAAGCCCUAGAAGCCCACUCGAUUUCAAGAUUCUCCCUCAGAUAUCUCAAAGAAACAGCUCAAAGAGAUUCUACGAUGAUAAUCUUGGUGGGUCCGUUGGUCUAGGGAUUGUAGCUGCACUCGAGAACUCAACCACUCGUCGAAUCACUAGCGUUUGUAGAUCGGAACCAAACCAAACCGGCCGGUCUGAUCCGGUUCAGUUCAUGAACCAAGAAGGAAGCUCAGACGAAGAAGACGAGGAGAUGUUCGUAAUGGACGACGAGGAUUACACGUUGGUUACAUGUCACAAUGGACCAAGUGGAUCUUGUAGUACAAGGGUUUAUGAUCGAGAUGGGUUUGAGUGUUUCACAAGUAAGGUUAAUGAAGAUCAACAUCGGGAAAGACUUUUCAUGGUCGAUGUCGGUACGGAAUCUCCGGAAAGUUCGCCGGAGUUUCAGGGUUUGGGUUUCCUCAAUUCGUGUUACUUAUGCAGAAAGAAACUCCUUGGUCAUGACAUAUUUAUUUACAGAGGAGAAAAAGCGUUUUGUAGCACCGAAUGUCGAUCGAGUCACAUAGCAAAUGAUGAAAGGAAAAAGAGAUGUAAAUCGAAAUUUUCAACUUCUCCUUACACAGCCGGACAAAUUUUCUCCACCGGAGUUCUAGUGACUUAG